ACGGCGGAAAUUUCAAAAUGGCGACUGAACUGUCAACAGAUGAUACACCGCAAAAACAAAACUUAAAGAUAGAUUGCAAAUGUUGCAGAUCAGUUGUAGCUCUUUUACAAGUCACAGAAAAUCAUAUCAUGAAGUUAUUCGAAGAUCAAAAUGAAAACCUCAUUGGUACAGAUGUGUUUCAGACUUACAAAAAAUUGAUGAUGUCAAAUAUUCUGAUGAAAGGUGAACCUGUAACAAAAUAUGAUGCUGCUCUUGACACCACUACAGAGUUUGAACCAUUUGAUGUAGAGAAAGAGAAAUACAUACAACAUGAUUUGAUGGAACGUUUAGACAGACACUUUGUCAGUACAACAAGGUUAAGAAAAUCAGCAUCUAAGCAAGUUAGACGGAAAGUUAAGUCCUUGAUAAGACCAGAGCUAAAAUAUGUGGCUUUACUAUCAGUUGAUACAAAGUCAGAGAGAGAAAAUUGUAUGGAAACAGACACAGCAAAUGUUUGUGGUUCUGUUAAUCUGGAGGAAGUAGAAGAAAGAGUACAAGGAGCUGUGGAUACAUGUUCAUAUAACAAACAAUUUUGUGGAGAUAUGCUGCAGAAAGCAAGGGACAUUUCUCAAGCAAUUCAGAUAUUUAAACAGUCAGAGAAAAGUGAUAUUGUGAAGGCAAUGUACGAGACUCCACCAAAUACACCAGUUGCCAAAAAUGGACUUGACAAACAGUUGGAAAGUUCACGGAAAAUAUCAAAGAAGCUAUUACCGUAGAUGAAAUAGAUUGUUGUUAUAACUAUAAAAAAAAAUUCUAGAUCUGGCAAGCUGCUGUUGCCAUUGCUUGUGUCAUUGUGUAAGGACAAGAUUAAAAAACUUAUAGAUAUAAUAUAGAUUUGUUGAUGGAUGUUUUUGAUAGAACAUCAUUUUCUUUGGUAUUCAUUUUCAUAUUUAUUACCAAGAAGAGUUCCAUGUUGUGUAACCUAUUAGUAUGUUAUAUUUAAGCAAAAUGAAUUUUCAUCUUAACUAAAAUUUAUUUAAGAUUUUCUUUUUAAAUCUUGAUUCUAAAUGCAUGAGAUUCUGGCUAGUGAAAUCAAUUAUGUACAUGCAUCACCAUAUGUUAUUUUCAUGGUUAACCUUUAACCUGCUGUGAGUAGAAGUGAUGAAUCUUUGCCACCAGUAUAGAGCCAGGACAGAGCUACACCACCGUGCCGUCUGACCAGGCUAUUUACUGUUGGUAGAUAACUUUUUUGAUAUUUUGAUAUAGGCUUAUCAUUCAUCAAAGGUUGACAGUAAUUAUUCCCCUGUCUCUCCCCCUCUACCUCUUUCUCACUUUCUCUCUCUAUCUCUCCUCAUAUUAAAGGAACUCCACUGAGGUCUAAAAGUCUGAAAACAUAGAAUUUGAAUUUCUUGUAUUGAUUGGCAACAGAAAGAUAGAUAGGCAACAGCUGAUUGAAAUAUAUACCCAGAAAUAUGUACUGAACCAAAAAAGAAACUUUCGCAAGGUAUGUGCCAGUUGUUCAAGGGUACCACUUAGAUGUACACACUUAUAUACAUGUAGUAGCUUGUAAAACUCGUUUUGUUUGCAAAAUCGGUCAGCUAAUCCCCGUGUAAAAGCCCGAUAUGUUUAUUCAACGUAAAAAUCGAGUUUCAAAAGGAUUGAAAAACUGUACUAACAUAUCUACAUUCAAACUUGGAGAAAGUUUCUUUUUUGUUUCAGUAUAUAAUAUAUGUAUUUUUAUCUUAUUCUUAGCCCAAGUUGAUUGAAAAGGGAAUUUUGGAUCAUUUGUCAAUCCCUUCAUGUCAAAUAACCUCAGUGUGAGUCCCUUUAACCAUAAGCCUGUGAUUAGCCUUGCCACCAGGAUAGAGAGCUAGGCUAGCCUACAUAUCUGUGCAGUAUGACCAGGUUCUUUACUGUUUGUAACUCAAUUUUUGAAUUGUUUACGAAAUCUUUGACUUUUUCAAAUCCAAAGCUUGGCAAAUCCAUUACAGCAGGAUAAGGGAUAAAUUCUCAUAUUCUUUAGCAUGACCGGACAGUGUAUUAUUCAUAGUGAUAAUACCAUUGACUUGAUUUGUAAAUACUAUAAAUGCAUAUGUGGUAACAAAAAAUUCGGAAAAAACUUGUCGGUGGGGAAUGGAGUGUUAUUUUUUAUUUAGUCUACUUGUUCCUGCCUGUUCAUGUGCUACAGAUUUUACACUGAAUGGUGCCAACAAAGGCUCUAUCUUACACAUAUUUAUUGUUACUUUGUUAAGAGUACUACAAUAUUAGUGGAUAUGUUUUGUUGUUGAGGCAGAGGGGUAACAUGGUCGGGGCAGUAGUCUAUUUAACACUAAAACAGGGGCAGUAACUGACAAAAUUGAUAAACUUUUAUAAUAUUUUAUUCAUACAAUCAGUGCAUGUCAUUCAAUGAGAUAUUUAUGAAAUUUGUAUAUAUAUAAGUUGUAUACCUUAACUGACAAACAGUAUACAGGUAUCAUUUUGAAAACUAUAUUGUUUUAAAUGUUAGAAUAAAUUCAGUAAAUUAAUAUAAUACAAACAUUUUAUGUUUUAAUAUAUUGUCAAAAUACUGAUUAAUUGCAACAUGUAUUUAUAUAUGUCUUCCACACAGUACAAUAAAAUGUAUAUGAAAUCUUAAA